CGCAUCCAGUUGCCUGUCGUUACGGAUUGCUUCCAUGCAAACCUUACGCAUGAAGACUGAUGUAUCAGUUAACUAGCCUCGCUGCGAAAUAGAGGAAGGCUUGUUUCACUUGUCACCAUUUAUGGAUAGUCAUGGACACCGACUACACCAACUUUGAGAAUCCGCUUUACAGCGACUUCAAAUAUUUCUGCAAGAAGAUACAGGAGGCCUAUAAUGAACUAAUGGAAGACAUAACUCCGUACAGAGAUGAUCGGUUCUACAGGCUCGCCCCCAUGCGGCUAUACACACUCUCCAAGAGACAUUUCGUGUUGGUUUUCGUGUUUUUCUUGAUAUGCUUUGGACUCACAGUCUUCAUAGGAAUAGCAGGCCCAAGAAUCAUAGAAGAGACAAAAUACCCUGUUUUUACCAAUGCAGCGACAAACGGUUCAAAGACUGGGCCGUUUAGUUUAUAUUCCCCACCACUCUCCACAUACAACCAACAGUUAUGGCUAACCUGUUCCAUCCAAGUGUCCCAGAGUGACGUGGCAGACUUUAAACAGCCUUUCCAGAUCAAUGUGCUGUUAAAAGGAGUCAUGCAGGAUGCCAGCGUGAUGCAUAUCACUGAUGACGUGCACCAGAGGUUACGCAUGCUGCACUGUGCUCCACAGAGAGGUUGUGAUGAGAUCAUAGUAAUGCACCUGGGCUACCUGAAUUACACCCAGUACCAGGUGAACGUGGCUCUGAAAGGCCUGGAGAACCUCACGUAUGGUAUCCGAAAUGUCACAUUUAUGUGGAAGAGGUACAACCCUUCCUUUUCACAAGGGGAAAUCUGGUUUCGAUUUGUGUUUGUCGUUUUGACCUUCAUGGUAACGUGCAUGUUUGCCCACUCUUUAAGGAAGUUCUCCAUGAGGGAUUGGGGAAUUGAGCAGAAGUGGAUGUCCAUUCUGUUGCCGUUGUUAUUGCUUUAUAAUGAUCCCUUCUUCCCAUUAUCGUUCCUGGUGAACAGCUGGUUCCCCGGGACCCUGGAUGCCUUUUUCCAGGCCCUAUUCCUCUGUGCCCUGCUUCUCUUCUGGCUCUGUGUCUAUCAUGGCAUACGUGUCCAGGGUGAGAGAAAGUGCCUGACAUUUUACCUGCCCAAAAUGCUCAUUGUUGGGCUAAUCUGGCUGUCAGCUGUAACACUGGGUAUCUGGCAAACGGUGAAUGAACUGCAGGAUCCCACAUACCAAUACAAAGUAGAUAUCGACAACUUCCAGGGCAUGAAGAUUUUCUUCCUGUUGGUCGUGGUCCUUUAUGUUCUCUACCUUGUGUUUCUGGUGGUCAGGGCGUGCUCAGAGCUGAAGCACAUGCCUUACUCAGAUCUUCGUCUGAAGUUCCUGACUGCCCUGACGUUUGUUGUGCUGAUGAUUAGCAUGGCUAUCCUCUACCUGAGGUUUGGAGCCAAAGCUCUGCAAGACAACUUUGUGGCUGAGCUGUCCACCCAUUACCAGAACUCUGCUGAGUUUUUAUCCUUCUACGGAUUACUCAACUUUUAUUUGUACACAUUAGCCUUUGUGUACUCUCCAUCCAAGAAUGCUAUGUAUGACUCCCAGCUGAAGGAUAACCCUGCAUUCUCCAUGUUGAAUGACUCUGAAGAUGAGGUCAUUUAUGGGAGCGACUAUGAAGAGAUGCCACUUCAAAAUGGUCGUGCCAUCAAAGCCACUUCGAAGUACCAAGAUGAAAGUGACAGUGACUGAUCCAUUCUGUGGUUUCUCAUGAUUUUUGACUGACUAUCUGACUGCACAUCUGCAAAACCAUACAGUGUAAAUAUAGUCUUUGAAAAGAUUAUAAUAUAUAAAUAUAUAUUUUUAAACAAAGAAAACAAACAAGUUUUGUGUGAAUGUAAGAAAACAAAACAACAUGCUUAAGGAGUUUUUCCCUCCUUGUGGUAUUGACGGAAUGUAAACUUGCCACUUAUUUUCAAUUUAUUGCUAUCAUGCUUACGGUUUUGAUUUUACAUUUUAACGGAACAGAAGUGCUAAAAACUAACGUCAACACUAUACUAAAAUAAAUCAAUGGGUUGAAGGGUUCUAAAGUAUGGGUAAUGUUGAUGGCAAUUUAAAUGAUCCUUUCUGAACUCUCAUGCUUCUAAUGUAAUGGAUCUGAACUCCAGAGGAUGACUCCCCAUACUGUACAUAUGUGCCAAAGACACUUCCAGCAAUCUGUCAGUUACUCUCAUGAUAAACAUCAGAGGGUUUGAAGAAGUCUUGUGUUUUUUCAGUUAUGCCAGAAUAUCUAGUUAUAUCUGGAUGUAAAUUUGAAUUAGCUUUUUGCCAGGAAGAACAUUGUAAAUCUAUAAUUUGGUGUAAAUGUUUGUGUAAGUUUUGCCAAUUCAUUCCUUUUAUAUAUGACUUUAAACAGGCUUAUCUGUUCUACUGGGCUGAGGGGCGGAGUGGGGCUACUUCAGACAUGUCAAAUCUUCAGUAGUCUGUAGGCUACCCAUCUCCCAACCUGCAUGUCAGGUCAUCGUUGUUCUUACCACGUUAUUAGGCUACCAGAGCUGUGAGGAGAGGCCCAGGGAGUGAGAGAGGGUCUGCAAUCACAGACCAGACUGCUGUAGGGCGCAGUGAAAAAUUAAUUUAUACCAACAGAUAUCAUGCCCUUUUUAAGUAUUCACAGUAAUCAGUCUGGCCUCAAAACGUUACCGGCUGGCCAGGAAUUCUUCCAAUUCUCAAUCCGCCGCUAACUGGGCCUAACGUGUUUAAAGGGUUGACCGAAUUAUUUUAUUUAUUUUUUUAAAUCUUGCCUGUGAUGUCACAUUCCAGAUUUGUAUGCACUUUUGAUUUGAAUGUUUUGUCCUUUUGUGUAUAUCAGGCUGUAUGUGGGAACUCCUGCUUCUGCUGUAAGGUCUGUCUGCCCAUUUCAGACUUUGUGAUGUUUUAUUGUGUAUUUUUUAUUUUCAUAUAGUACACCAUCAGACCUCAUCACUAACAGUGACCUGUUUGAUGACGUUUAUGAACACUGUUAAUAUGUAAGUAAAGACAUGUAAACCACCAAAUAUUUUACUUUUCGUCACUAUAUACAUUAACAGGGGUGUACUGGUAAUGAAAUCAGGCUUGUCGACUUCUCUGCUAACACCAGCCAGAUAGCCUGCAUUGAGGUAUAUAGGGAAAAACUUUAUAGAUUGUGUAUCGAUGGUUCUCAGUUGCUGGAGCCCACCAGGAUUUGUCCCUGUAUCCAAGAUAACUGUAAUGUAUAGUGGUGUACUGGUUAUCAUAAAGUAGAAAAUAUAAAUGAAUACAUUUUGGGAAAAAAUGAACGUGCCUUCCUUUCCAUUUUGCACAGUAUUAGACCUCUGAUCUGUCUGUAAGGUUCUUGGUUAAAACGAAAAACAUUCUUCGUGUGGCUGUUUAUCCAUUUUCCCCAUGGGUACGAAGGCUGCUAGUUAGGUGGCUUUAAGGAAAUAAGGGAUACUAAUCACCAACUGAAAGGCUUAUUCUUCUUAGUUUGUAAAAUAAAAUCACUUGUAAAUAUUCUGUGAUGUCAAGUAGUCAUUAAAGUUCAAUAUUAAAAAGCUUGCCUGAAAAGGCUUGUACUGAG